AUAAUAAGUACUGCAACUAUCCUAAUUCAAAAAGAAAAAAGAGAUUAAUUAAAAAUGUAAAAAAAUAGAAAUGGAAUAACUUCCAAAAGGUUUAAAUAUAUAAUAACUUUAGCUACUGUUUAACAAUUUAUCAAGACUUCCACAAAUGGAGAUAUGAAGUGUUCAAAUGAAUUCGUGACUUAGGUGAUGUCAAUGGCUAGAGAAUAUAUCUAAGUAGUAUCUGAUUAAGCAAAUACAAUUUGUUUAGAGCAAGGAAAAAAGACAAUAUCAGGGGAAUUUUUCUAUAAGGCUAUUUCUAAGUUAAAGUUAGACAGUUAGAUUCCUCAUCUUAAGGAGAUAGAAGAAGAAAUAAAAGAAGAAGUGAAUGUAUAAAUGAAUUUUAUUUUAAGGUGAAAAAUUAAAAUAGAGCAAGGUUUUAGGAUGAGGAGCACUUGAAAUAGUUAGAAGAACAAUAGAAAUAAUUAUACGAAAAAGCAAAAUUGGAGAAUAGUAAGAACAUGAUUGAUGAUGAAGAAUAUGGCAAAUCAAGAAAAUUGAAUAUAUAAUUUGAAUAAGAUGAUGAAGAUUAACAAUGA